UAGGAAUAUUCGUAGAUCCCGAUCCUCGAUGAUCCUCGUUCGAGGAUCGAGGCGACUGUCGCAGAUCGACGUAACGCGCUCCGGCCACCGACUUUGAUGGAUAUUCGAGGGAAGUUGCGGCUGGUGGGCUGAUAAGCUGGCCGCGAUAAGGAAUUCUGGAGUGGUUGACAAAGAGGAUCGGACACGGUAGAAUGUGCAGCUGAUCGGAAUGAAGAGACACUCUCUGGUGAUACUAUGCUACUACCUGUGCACGCUCUUUGACAUGGCGGCCCUACACUUUCCGGAGUCGGAUCUCGAGUACGGGAGAAAGGAGUCCUCCCUGUCGCUCAAGGACAUCCUCCCUUUGAACCCGAAGCUGUACGACAAGCACAGGGCGCCCAAGUUCCUGGGCCAGCCUACCAUCGUCUACUUCCACGUGACGGUGCUCAGCAUCGACUCCAUAAACGAGGAAUCUAUGACGUACGUUGCGGACAUAUUUCUGGCGCAAAGUUGGCGGGAUUCUAGACUACGACUUCCGGAGAACAUGUCCGAGGAUUACAGAAUAUUGGACGUAGACUGGCUGCACAAUAUCUGGAGGCCUGAUUGCUUCUUCAAGAACGCGAAGAAGGUCACCUUCCACGAGAUGUCGAUACCGAAUCAUUAUCUUUGGUUGUAUCACGACAAAACCUUGCUUUACAUGUCGAAAUUGACGCUCGUCCUCUCCUGCGCGAUGAAGUUCGAGUCCUAUCCCCACGAUACUCAAAUUUGCUCAAUGAUGAUCGAAAGUUUGUCGCACACCACCCAGGAUCUGGUGUUCAUAUGGAACAUGACCGACCCCCUGGUGGUGAACCCAGAGAUCGAGCUACCCCAGCUGGACAUCUCCAACAAUUACACGACCGACUGCACGAUCGAAUACUCGACAGGGAACUUCACCUGCAUCCAGAUCGUGUUCAAUCUUCGACGCAGGCUUGGCUAUCACCUGUUCCACACGUACAUACCGUCCGCGCUGAUCGUGGUCAUGUCCUGGAUCGCGUUCUGGAUCAAACCUGAGGCGAUCCCGGCCCGGGUCACCCUCGGUGUGACGUCACUGCUGACCCUCGCGACUCAGAACACGCAGUCUCAGCAAUCACUGCCGCCCGUCUCCUACGUGAAGGCCAUCGACGUGUGGAUGUCCUCGUGCAGCGUGUUCGUGUUCCUCUCGCUCAUGGAAUUCGCCGUGGUGAACAAUUACAUGGGACCGGUUGCCACCAAGGCGAUGAAGGGCUACUCGGACGAGGAUCUGAGAGAGGCCAUCGACGAGUUCAAAACACCGAUGAGGAACGAUUCGGAGAGGAACAGAAGCCCGGUGAGGCCGGCGACCGUUCAAUACGACACCUGCUGCCAGGGUCGAGCGACUGCGAUUUACAUCGACAAGGUGUCCAGAUUCUUCUUCCCCUUCUCCUUCCUCAUCUUGAACGUCGUCUACUGGAGCACCUUCCUGUAGAGAGGAUCGAGGAUCGAGGAAGAAACGACGAAGGAAGAGGAGGAGGAUCGUUUCAAACGGUGUUUUCUUUUCGUUCGAAAUAAUCUUUGUUAAUCCUCGAUGAUUAAAAUUGAUCGUCGCAACGAAAAUCGUAGAGCAUUCCCUCUUUGAAAAUAAGAUCGAGAAAGAUUAGGUUUCAUCGAGCCGUUAACAAAGAAUUAUCGAACGAAACGGGCGGGAAUCCGCUAGAAGAAUUUCCAGCACCUUUUAUAUACAAUUAUAUAGAGAAACACGCAACCGUCUAACGAACGGUUAAUUAAUCGUAAGAGCAUGUUAGCUGUUAAGAUUCGCGUUUAAGAUUACUUUAAGUGAUAUAAUUCGAAUUGAACGAUCGUGUACUCACCCCUCUUCGACGUGAAUCGUACUCUUUGUCAUCGUUGAACGCGAAUUUCCGCUCGUUCGUCGCGAUUCAAUUUACCCUUUACUUACUUACCCGAGUCUUGUCUCCUCGAGUUUUGCUACGAUAGAUACAUAAAUACGUACGUACAUACAUGCAUGCAUACAUACAUACAUACAUACAUACCUUUCACUGAACGUUCACGCGCGCUCAGCCAAGCUCGUUUCUCGUCGUCGAUUUAAGGGUUAUAUAAAUAAUUUAUCCAAAUCACGAGACGAUGGGGGAAAAGAGAAAUAAAACAAAACGCGGGACGAUUCGAAUCUCUUUUCACGCGAGAAGUGAAAAGAAAAAAAAGGCGGAGGUCGCCUUUGCUAAAAUGGAACGAUUGGAAAUUGAUAAGACGCGAUUUAUAAAUUUUUAUAGGCUUGCCGCAUGCGAAAUCCGUUUCGAAAUCUUAGGUAAGGUUGUUUUUACAAAACGAAAAA